AUGGGCGUGAAAGACAUUCUCUCCCGCAAAACUGGUGUCAUUGUUGGUGAUGAUGUCCUUCGUCUCUUCCAGCAUGCCCAGGAGAAGGUCUUUGCUAUCCCUGCCAUUAACGUGACCUCCUCUUCCGCCGUUGUGGCCGCUCUCGAGGCUGCCCGUGACAAAAACUCCCCUAUCAUCCUGCAAGUGUCCCAGGGUGGGGCUGCUUUCUUUGCCGGGAAGGGCGUUCCCAAUGGAAAUCAGGAGGCCUCUGUUGCCGGAGCCAUCGCUGCAGCUCACUACAUCCGAAGCAUUGCCCCUUCUUAUGGCAUCCCAGUCGUUCUCCACACCGACCACUGUGCCAAGAAGCUGCUGCCUUGGUUGGAUGGCAUGCUUGAUGCGGAUGAACGCUACUUCAAGCUCCAUAAGGAGCCUCUCUUCUCCAGCCACAUGAUCGAUCUGUCUGAGGAGAGCGUCGAAUGGAACAUUGAGACUACUGCCAAGUACCUCAAGCGUGCUGCCCCCAUGAAGCAAUGGCUGGAGAUGGAAAUCGGCAUCACUGGCGGUGAAGAAGACGGCGUCAACAACGAAUCCGUCGACAACAACUCCCUCUACACCCAGCCAGAAGACAUCUACACAAUCUACAAGACCCUCUCGGCCAUCAGCCCCUACUUCUCCAUCGCCGCCGGCUUUGGCAAUGUGCACGGCGUCUACAAGCCCGGCAACGUCAGGCUGCACCCGGAACUCCUCUCCAAGCACCAAGCCCACGUCAAAGAGAAGACCGGCUCCUCCAAGAACAAGCCCGUCUACCUCGUCUUCCACGGCGGCUCCGGCUCCACCAAGGCCGAGUUCAAAGAAGCCAUUAGCUACGGUGUUGUCAAGAUUAAUUUGGAUACAGACCUGCAGUAUGCAUACCUUUCCGGCGUGAGAGAUUUUGUCCUGAAGAAGAAGGAUUAUCUGAUGAGUGCUGUUGGGAAUCCUGAGGGUGAGGAUAAGCCCAAUAAGAAGUAUUUUGAUCCCCGCGUAUGGAUUCGGGAGGGUGAGAAGACAAUGUGUGCUAGAGUUCAGGAGGCGUUUGAUGAUUUUAAUACUUCUAACCAGUUGUAG